AUGAGUUCGCUAGCCUUCCUUGUUACUGAACUUCAGUCUCUAGCCAGUGAGACGAGAAGGAAGCAUCCGGAUAUCCGUGAGGCUGCAGAAAAAUCUCUCGCAAUAUUACGAGCAUCGCCGGAACAGGCGACGGCGAGCUUGGCUUCAGUAGAUGGACCUCAGUCGGACGACCUACUGCGACCCGUCUUUAUGGGAUGCGCGACAAAGAAUGCAAAGGUCGUCGCCAUAUCCUUGGGAUCCCUGCAGCGCCUGAUAGCCUUGAAAGCCGUACCACAGUCUGCGGUCGCCCUCAUCAUAACGACCAUGAGUGACGCCAUCAGCCAAGGGGUCGACAUUCAACUUCGAAUACUACAGACACUGCUGUCGCUCAUUACCAACUUCCCUGCUGUGCACGGGCCAAUGCUCGGUGACGCGCUGCUAUUAUGCUUCAAACUUCAAGAAUCGAAAAUAGCGGUGGUAUCAUCCACGGCAGCAGCAACGCUUCGGCAGCUCGUGAUGUUUGUCGUCGACAAAAUGGUGGAUGAAGAUAGGAAAGAUGACGUGCCCGCGGACGAGAUGUCAGAAGUGAAGCUGCCAGACGGUACCACGAAAACUCUCGGCCCCUCUGCGCAUGACGCGUUUGCGGUGUUUGAGGAUCUCUGUCUCCUCGCGAACGCGGAAAAGCCGCAUUUCCUCAAGCUGGAUUUCCUUCACAAGACCUUUGCACUGGAGCUGAUCGAAAGUGUACUCACAAAUUAUCACGACCUGUUCCGACGCCACGCAGAAAUGACCCUUUUGCUCCGUCACCACCUCUGUCCACUACUCCUCAAAGCUAUCUCGGAACGGCCGAUAUUUCCUCUAACCCUUCGGUGCACCCGAGUUAUUUUUCUCCUUUUGAAACAAUUUUCUCUGGAAUUGAAAACGGAGUCCGAAGUUUUUCUCACGCUUUUCAUCAAGAUCAUAACCGACGAUCCAGAAGCGCCUCAAUGGAUGCGCGUCCUCGCGAUGGAGAUUAUGCGUGGGCUCUGCAGUGACGCAGAGCUCAUACGGAAUGUUUGGGAUCGCUAUGACGCGCAAGGAGCAGGAUCUAAAGUGUUCACGUCGUUGAUAUCUGCCUUGAAUCGCCUAGUAACGGAGAAACCGGCAUUGCUGGGUGUGGGUACCCAAAUGUCGGGGGUUGGGGUACAUUCGGACUCUGGAUCCUUGUCCGCAUCCAGCUCGGGGUAUAGCUUGGAUAUGGGAGGCAUGGCAGCCAUCGCAAGCGCUACCGUGUCAGGCGUUGUUGGCAUGAUGGGUGCGAGUGGAGGUCUAAGUCUUCAAGGAUCUGCAAUGAAGCUGCAAUGUAUCGAUCAAUUGGACAAAGCAGAUUCUCCCCCAAUACCAGAAUCGUACAUUUACCUGUUGGGCAUCCAAUGCUUGGUAUCACUUUGUGAAGGAUUCGCCUCUUUUACCGGUCCAUUGUACACCUCCAUCGUCAUACAAAAACCGCGUGCAGCAGGAGAAGCUGUGAACCGGGCUCCCCCAGCUCUAGAUCUGUCCGUGCUACCGGCGGACGACAUCAAUACUAAGCAUCUCCACAUCGUCCGCGACAUUAUAGAGAGUGGGUGGCCUGCUUUGCUAGCGGCGUUAUCCUUCGUCAUCUCUACUAACCUCUCGGACGAGAUAUUUGCGGACGUGCUAGCGAGCUAUCAAGCAGUCACCAAUGUAUCUGGAAUGCUUGGUCUGACAACUUCACGGGACGCUUUCUUUACCAGCUUGUCGAAGUUUGCUGUUCCUUCGCGUGUCGUAUCCAGCCUUGACACGUACACCGAUGUCCAGACACCACGCACGGCAAGCGGAUCGCUAUCGGAGAAUUUAGGUUUCACGGGUCCCACUGGACCUCCAGGUCUGUCCGAAAGGAACCUGGCGUGCUUAAAGGUACUCCUCUCGAGCGCGAUGUUUCUCGCGGGGAGUCUUGGUGGAAGCUGGUUCCAGAUUCUUGAGGUAUUGCAGAAUGCUGAGUAUGUCUUGACGUGGAAGGGUGGACCGCAGGGAACGCCGAGCAAAAGGCAUCCGUUCGGACACGCACAGGCCAGUCGAUCGAUGUCAGUGUCGGGAACACAGCCAGUAACACACCCUGUGCCUCCUCGCCACCCUAUAUUGAGUGAUUUGGAUUCAGAAACUCUGCAAAGUGGCAUCCAAAGGCUGUUCGAUGCCUCCAAAAACUUGGAUGAUGUUGCGUUCAAGUAUUUCAUUGAUGCUUUGUGCAGGCUAAGUGCGGAGAUGGUUGAUAUGCAGUCAGAUGGAGGGAAUAUCAUGUUAGAGACCGAUAGCGUGGAAGAGUUGAGCAGUGUUGGACUGUCGCCGGUUCUGGAUGCUUCCAGCCGAAGAAGAAUCAGCGGGAUCCACAUACCCCGCUCGUUGCGUUCUGGCGACUUUGGAAUAGGCAAGCUGGGUGGUAUUUCGAGGCUCAACAUCCAUCGACUGAUAUAUCGCUCCCCCGAUGUUGCUUGGGAUAAGACCACACGCCAUCUUUUGUCUAUCAUCCGACUUCAGUUUGCACCUCAAGCUAUCCGCAUACAAGCAGCUCGCGUUCUUGAUGAUAUUCUCGAGACGGUACCACGGAAUCUAAGUGCGACGGGCGAGCUGCAGGCGCCGGUGCAAAAACGUGUCCUAGAUGUGCUGUCUCAACAAGUCAUGCCCGACUACUCCACCCCCGCUUCUCAUUCUUCGACUAGUGUAGAGAUUCGGAAGAUGGGUCUCGAGACUCUUCACCAGAUCCUUCAAUCGUCGGGACAUACACUGGUGGUGGGCUGGGAGACGAUCUUCUCUAUGCUGGGGAGCGUAUGCAAACCUCCUCCAAUUGGCCGGUCAUCGUCGAUAGACUCGGUGUCAGCGUUAAGUGCCGCAUCGUCGCCAACGGCAAGAUCAAAACCGCUGCCACUGGGUUUGGGCAUGGCGUCGGAGAAGAGUAACAAUGCGCUGAUCAAGAUCGCUUUUCAAUCCCUCACGCUUGUUUGCGAUUCCGUCACAGCUCUGUCUCCUGAUCAUCUACGCCUGUGCAUCAGUACUCUCGGACAGUUCGGAAAACAGUCGGACACGAAUAUCGCGCUCACUGCUGCUGCUAGUCUGCUUUGGAGUGUUUCAGAUGCGAUACAGUCGAAACGAAAGCACGCGGAGAAGGAACCGGAAUAUAGUGCGCUUUGGAUGUUCCUUCUUCUCGAGGUAUUGGGUCUAUGCACCGAUUCUCGACCCGAAGUACGGGAUGGUGCCAUUCAAACGUUGUUUAGGACAAUGCAGCUGUACGGAGGUACGCUGAGCCUCGAAACGUGGGACCAGUGCAUCUGGAAGGUCACCUUCCCGUUGUUGGAUUCUCUGUCGGAGGAGCUUCGGCAGCAUUCGUCUGAUGAAGAGGGUGUUUCUUCUUCUGACCAAGCCUGGGAUGCGUCCAAGGUCCUUGCCCUUCAAUCCAUUGGGUCGAUCUUCCACGACUUUUUAGCGUCGAAGAUACUACACUUGGAGUCACUUGGAGAUGCAUGGAAUGUCUUUGUGAACCACAUACAGGAAUCUGUGCUCGUUGAUCAUCGGACGAUCAGCGCGCCGGCGCUACGGUGUCUCGAGAAAGCCUUGAAGGCAUCGUCGUCUGCACCUUCUGAAGUCAAGGAACGGGUGUCUGAAGUAUGGGAACGUGUCUGGCAAUCCAUUGACGCUAUCGGCGAGGCUGUUUUGCAGAGAGCUGGUUCGCAAUCGCCUCCUAAAUCCUUCACGGAGGGAGGACCACCACCAAAGCCAUUCACGCAGGAGAGUCUGGUGGCUUUCGUGGAUGUUAUACAGUCUACUCGCGCUGUCAGUCGUGUGGCGAGUGGUACUGAAUGGCCGUUGGAUCGCAUCACUAGACUCAUGGGGAUCCUCAAAGGCGUUUUGACCUAUCCUAGUUCACCUGACUAUAGACCAGACAUUGACGCUCUUCCUCCGCUUCAGUCUGUGGUGAUGGAAACGAUAAGCGCCAUCGACCUGUCCGUUAUGGGAUCCCCAUCUCUCAUCAUGCGGGAUCUGUCCGAGUUCGCCACGCUCGCCUUUCUUGCUGCCUUUGAUGUACAAAUGAGCAGUGGAAGUCAGAUACCCCAGAAACGGAUCACGUACAUAGCACUAUCAAAGCGGACGAUGCCAAUGCUUGUCGAACUGUUUACCAAGUAUAAGGACCUGGUGGAUAUUUACGUUGACGGGACACUUGAGGCCGUGUUAUCUGCGUAUUCCAUACCCAUCAAACUGAAAUACGACUGUCCACCGGCAUCAAAGUUUGGGAAAGACCUGCCGCUGUGGAAGACUGGUACAACAUGUUUCUUGCGGAUCGUCAAAGAGCUCUCGCACCAAAUCAACGCCUUGAGUUCAGAUAUCCCUGAUGAGCGCAUCGAGGGCAUUUGGAGACAAGUCAUCGAUGUCUUCCGAGGGGGGAUUCUUGCCGACUGCUCACCAGCCGAGGAGUUUCCUUUGGACGUCCAGGAGGCGGAGGAGAACUUUGAUCUUGCCCUUGUCGCCGCUCUCGAAAUCGACGUGGUGCCGCAUUUCGGUGAUCGCCGACUGCCUGAUUCGCUUGUUUCUCAGCUCGCCAAGAUCCUGCACCGUGGAAGUCUGCUGUAUGAAUCGGAUGUGGGGCCCACGUCACCUCGCAGUCCGAGUCCAAGUCCAGAGGGGGCGGUGAAGACUGUAUCGCCAAACACUGCGGAAUUCGUCGACGUCAGUGUUGGCCAGGGGAGUACUGAUUCAGGGUUCUUGUUACCGAGAGAACGGUUCUCUUAUUGGUGUUUCGAUCUGCUCUUCCUGGUAUGCUCUAAUACUACCAAAGACCAAGAGCGUGCGAGAAAGCGCCUCGCAGCGCUCAGUCUGCCGUCUCUUCUGAACCGGUGUCGAACGACGUUGGUCGGAUAUGUCGCAGACGAGGCACUGCGUGGAAACCUGCCGUUCCCUAGAGCUCGUGAGGACGAACUACUAUACGUGCUGCGAAAGAUGGUAGAGCUCAAGCUGUGGUCCGGGUCCUUGUGGGCCGCCCUGUCGGAAGAUCCCUCGGGGAACUGUGUCGAUCAGCCUGCGUUGGAUGCAUCCCUGACGCCAUCGCUGCUCAUCGCGGAUGCGGUCAAACGCUCAUCGGUAGCGCACCUGUUCCAUUUCUAUGGGGUGCUGUGCGAGAUUGCGUCGAUACCGCGGAGGACGCCGUCGGCUUGGAUGGUUUCGGUUUCUCCAAUGGCAACGGCAACGGUAGCGGGAGCGGGCAUGAUGAACGGGAACGGGAAUGCAACUGUGCAUUUGGACGCGCGGGAUCUGGCGCGGCAGUGUCUGAAGGAGGUCGGGAAGGAGAUGGGGGUAUCGUAUUGA